AUGAGCGACCUUUCUGACCUUGGAGUUACGAAACCAUUUGACCCAUUCGCUGAUGCUGACACUGACUCCGGCGUCGUGACGAAAAACCUCGUGCACAUUCGUCUGCAGAUGCGCAGUGGUCGGAAGAGCCUGACGACCAUCCAAGGCCUUUCAGGAAAAAUUGAUUUACACAAGCUGACAAAGGCUUUCAAGAAGGAGUUUUGCUGCAACGGUUCUAUUGUAGAGGAUAAAGAGCUUGGACGCGUGAUCCAGCUCCAAGGCGACCAACGAGAAAACGUGCGCCGCUUCCUCAUCGAGGAAGAGCUCGUUGACAAGGAUAACAUUAAAGUGCAUGGAAUGUGA